UUCUGAUCACAGUUCCUAUCCAUUGCAGGGAUCCGUGUCAUUCAAAGAUGUGACUGUGGACUUCACUCGGGAGGAGUGGCAGCACCUGGAUCCUGCUCAGAAAACUCUGUAUAUGGAUGUGAUGUUGGAAAACUAUUGCCACCUUGUUUCUGUGGGGUGUCACAUGACAAAGCCUGAUGUGAUCCUCAAAUUGGAACGAGGAGAAGAUCCUUGGACAUCAUUUACAAGUCAUACCUGCUUAGAUGAAAACUGGAAAGCUGAAGACUUUUUAGUGAAGUUCAAGGAACACCAAGAUAAGUAUUCUAGAUCAGUUUUAUUCAUUAACCACAAAAAACUGAUUAAGGAGAACAGUAAUACAUAUGAAAAGACAUUUACUUUAAGCAGAAGCCCUAUAAAUUCAAAAAAUUUACUUCCUGAAUAUGACAGUCACGGAAAAAAUUUUAAAAAUGUUUCAGAAUUAAUCAUCAGUAAUCUAAGUACUGCAAGAAAGACACUUAGUGAGUAUAAUGGAUAUGAGAAAUCACUCCUCAGUAGUAAACCAGAGACAAUUCACCAUGGAGUCAAAUCUCAUAAUCAACAUGGCAGGGCUGUCAGUCAUAAUGAAGUGCUUAUGCAGUAUCAUAAGAUGGAAACUCCAGCACAGUCACCUGGAUAUAAUGACUGUGAGAAAUUAUUCAAUAAAAAAGGAGGCUUAAUUACACAUCAUAGAGCUUACAGAAAGGAAAACCCAUCUGAAUAUAAUAAAAGGAGAAGGGCAACCAAUGCUGAAAAAAAACAUACAUGCACUGAAUGUGGGAAGUCAUUCUGCAGGAAGUCAGUAUUGAUUCUGCAUCAGGGAAUUCACACAGAGGAAAAACCCUAUCAGUGUCAUCAAUGUGGAAAUUCAUUUAGAAGGAAGUCAUAUCUCAUUGAUCAUGAGAGAACUCACACAGGAGAGAAACCCUUUGUUUGUAAUGAAUGUGGUAAGUCCUUCCGCCUAAAGACAGCCCUCACUGAUCAUCAGAGAACACAUACAGGGGAGAAAUCAUAUGAAUGUCCACAAUGUAGGAAUGCCUUCAGAUUGAAGUCACACCUCAUUCGUCACCAGAGAACCCAUACAGGAGAAAAACCAUAUGAGUGUAGUGACUGUGGGAAGUCUUUCCGCCAGAAGACAACACUCUCUCUACAUCAGAGAAUUCAUACAGGAGAGAAGCCCUAUAUUUGUAUGGAAUGUGGGAAGUCCUUUCACCAGAAGGCAAACCUUACUGUACAUCAGAGAACUCAUACAGGGGAAAAGCCUUAUAUUUGUAAUGAAUGUGGGAAAUCCUUCUCCCAGAAGACAACCCUCGCUCUUCAUGAGAAAACUCAUAAUGAGGAGAAACCCUAUAUUUGUAAUGAAUGUGGAAAAUCCUUCCGCCAGAAGACAACCCUUGUAGCACAUCAGAGAACACAUACAGGGGAAAAAUCUUACGAAUGUCCUCAUUGUGGCAAGGCCUUUAGAAUGAAGUCAUACCUCAUUGAUCAUCACAGAACACACACAGGAGAGAAACCAUAUGAAUGUAAUGAAUGUGGAAAGUCCUUCAGUCAGAAGACAAAUCUCAAUCUACAUCAGAGAAUUCAUACAGGGGAAAAACCCUAUAUUUGUAAUGAAUGUGGAAAGUCCUUUCGCCAGAAAGCAACCCUCACUGUACAUCAGAAAAUACAUACAGGUCAGAAAUCUUAUGAAUGUCCUCAGUGUGGGAAAGCCUUUAGCAGGAAAUCAUAUCUCAUUCAUCAUCAAAGAACUCAUACAGGGGAGAAACCAUACAAAUGUAAUGAAUGUGGGAAGUGCUUCCGCCAGAAGACAAAUCUCAUUGUACAUCAGAGAACUCACACAGGGGAGAAACCCUACAUUUGUAAUGAGUGUGGUAAGUCCUUUAGUUAUAAGAGAAACCUCAUUGUCCAUCAGAGAGCUCACAAAGGAGAAAUGAUAGAGAUGCAAUAAAUGAUGUGAUUUCUUUGUGAAGCUUUUCUAAGAUAUUAUAAAACCAGUUUUUUUACCAAAAAAAAAAAAAAGCAUACUAAUAAGAUCAUUUUAAUUACAAACAUAAUAAUAGUUAUUGAUUUAAAAUACCAUACAUCAGGGAGCAUUCGAGGUCUUGCUUUCUGGCAUUGUUGUCAGUUUGGCUCAAAUAAAAUCUUAUGAAAAUCCUCAAAAAAUAAAAAAUUAAAAUACCAUACAUCAUAACUGUUUACUAGUUACUAGCAUAAAAGGGUAUGAUCAUUGUUACUGAACUCUAUCAGCAAUUAAUCUAAUUUUUUAACUUCAUUGCUGACUCAGUUUAUUUUUUAAAAACAUAUACAUGCACAGGCAAGAUAAAAAAUAGUUAUAAGCAUCUGUCUUCAUCAGAAAAAGAAAAUAUGAACUGUAUUUCUUAUUGCACUGAGUAGAAUAAAAAGUAGCUGUUACUUCCCGAGAGAUUACCACUUCCCUAUUUUGUAACAUCAUGAAGUAGUUUUUGCAUGUUUUUAAACUUUGUAUGUUUUUAUCAUAUAUCAUGAAUUAUUUUGUGUCUUGUUUCACUCAACAUCCUUAAGAUUUACACAUUAUUGCAUGUGGCAGUAGUGUUUUCAUAUUCAUUCUGUAUGCUAUUCCAUUUUAAGAAUAUACUGCUACUUAUCCUCUUGAUGGAUACUUGUAUUUUUUAUAAUUUUGUGUUGUAAUAAAGAUACUACUAUAAAUA